CGGGAGGGAUUCCGGGAGGGAUUCCGUGGAGCGAUUCCGUGGAGCGAUUCCCGGGGGCCAUUCCCGGCAGCGAUGUUCCGCCGGCCCCCGCGCAACUUCCGCGGCCGGCGGCGCGCAGCCUCCAGCGGCAGCAGCGAGGGCGAGCCCGAGCCGCGGGCGGAGCCGGCCGCAGCCCCGUCCCCGGACUCGGGCGCCAGCUCGCCCUCGGAGCGGGAAGCGGAGCCCGGGGCGGCCGGGGGCGAUCCCGGCGCGGAGGGGCCGCUGCCUGCCGGGGAGCCGGCCCGCAGAGCCGGGGCGGGCACGGGCCCGGGGCAGCGCCGAGCCGGGCAGGAGCUGCUGAGCUUCGGCGGCGAGGAGGAGCGGGAAGGUGAAGAGUUUUUUAAAAUUAAAAAGCCAUCCUUCAACGAAGUAACCUUUAGAAUUAAAAAGAAGGAAAGCUUACUGCCUGCACAGACAGAGGCUGAAGAAAGCAAAAAAAUCUGUCAGUUGGAGCCUGGAGUUGGCAACACCAAAGAUACUCAUGAACAGGAUGAGGACAAUGAGGAUGAAACUUAUUCUUCACUGAAUGAAGAUUACAACAGCUCAGACUCUGAAAAUGAAUCCAGCUCUCCACAGAGGAAGAAGGAUUUAUCACCGGGCAAUAUCCCCAGUGCAGCUCACGUUGAGGCUGCUCGGAGGAAGCGUCACUUAGCCAGGACAGAGGCUGAUUAUCUUGCCCUGGAUGUUUCAAACAGUUCUCAGGUCCCUCAGAGAAGAGGAAGUAGUGAUUUAGAGAGUGAAGAUGAGUCUGAAACAAAGCAUCUCGAUUUUGCUCCUAAAAUGAGAACUCUUAGGCAGAGGAUGACUGAAGACAUGGUGUCUCUGGGUGAUGCAUCAAGUGACGAUGAAGCCAAGUGGGAAGAACAGCAAAUAAAGAAAGCUGUUAAACUCUCUCAGGUGACAUAUGCUUUCCUAACCAUUGAAAUUUGUGAUGAUGCUUCUGUGCAUAAAUACCAACCAACCAAACCCAAGUCUGAUACCUCUGUUUCUCUACCACCUGUGAAUUUGGAAAUUGUGAAGAAGAGAUUGACUGAAAGGAUAACAUCCUUACAGGAUGUGCACCGUGCCCACCAGAGAGAGUAUGAAAAAUAUAUGGAGGAUAUUGAGAGCUCAAAGAUGUCUGUCCAGGAGUUGGAGAAGUCUUCAGAUGCAGCUCUGAAUUACAAAUUCUACAGGACCAUGAAGACAUAUGUAGAAAACUUGAUAAACUGUUUGAAUGAAAAGCUGAAGGACAUAAAUGAACUGGAAUGGGCUGUGCAUGCCCUUCUUCAGCAACGAGCCGUGAGAGUAGCGAAGCGAAGGCAAGAGGAGCUGAAAAAUGAAUCUGCUUAUAUUCAGCGUGUGACAAGUGGGAAUGACAAACCAAUGGAAAGCAAAUUGGAAGGUGAUGAGAAGACACAGAUUCUGAAAAUGUGUGAGCAUCGAAGGACUUGCAGGCGGCAGGCGCGGGAGCAGUCAGGAGAAGGAAAUCAUCAUGAAGGCUUGUCGAGUGAUGAGGAAUUGACUCCCACAGAGGUGGAUGAGUUCCAGAAGAGCAAAGAUAACGUUUUAGAGGAUAGUAGGAAAAUCUUUGAAGAUGUACAUGCAGAUUUUUGUGACAUCAGAAAAAUCCUGUUGAAAUUCCAGGAAUGGAAAGAGAAGUUUCCUGACUCUUACUGUGAUGCUUACAUCAGUUUCUGCCUGCCUAAGCUGUUAAAUCCAUUGAUCAGAGUUCAGUUAAUAAAUUGGAAUCCUCUUGAGCAGAAUUUUACAGAGUUGGAAGAGAUGCCCUGGUUCAGAGCUAUAGAAGAAUUCAGUGAUGCAGAAAACAUACCUGAAUCAAAAAGACAUGAUAAUCAUGAUAAAGAAGUUUUGCCUAGAGUGAUUGAAAAAACUGUUCUUCCCAAAAUUACAGAGUUUGUGAAGAGUGUGUGGGAUCCUUUAUCUACUUCACAGACAAAGAACCUUGUACAGCUUUGCAAUAACAUCUUUGGCAAACAAAUCCUUUCCAAAAAUGAGUCCAGCCGAGCAAGAGAGGAUUUGAUGAACACUGUUGUCCUAAGAAUGAAGAAAUCUGUAGAGGAAGAUGUCUUUAUUCCUCUGUAUCCUAAAAGCACUGUGGAAGACCAUUCCUCACUACGUUCAAAAUUUCAAGAAAGACGGUUUUGGUCAGCUGUUAAGCUGCUCUCCAAUGUUGUUCUUUGGGAUGGGAUUGUCGAGGAUGACAAGGUCCGUGAUUUGGGACUGAGCAAGUUGCUGAAUCGCUACCUUCUCCUGAACAUCCUAAACACACCACUAGGGCCGGAUAAUAUUGAAAAGUGUAAUAAGGUGGUUGCAUGCCUCCCAGAAAGAUGGUUCCAAGAUCUCAAGGGUGGAUCAACUCUCCCUGAAUUACUGAACUUCAGCCAGCACUUGCUGCAAUGUGCCCGUGCACUACACAAGGACAACCACAGCGAUGAAACAAAAGACGUUCUUCUCCUGCUGGUGAAAAUUGGAGCUUUGCAUAUUGUAGAAGACUUCACUGAAGAGCAUGAACUUGAACACCUUAAAGCAAUGAUUGGGAAAUAGAAACCUUUGAAGGAAUGCUUACAUUACUGAAACAAGCCUGGUAUUCACACUAAACCAGUUCUAAUAUGAAAUUUAAUUAGUGGAUCCUGUCUACUCAGAGGUAGUAGUAAUCACUUUCUUGGUGUUAAAUACAUGAGGUGUUUUUUCAAAAUGUCUUUUACUGCCAUCUACUCCUAGAUUAAGGAGUAUUUAGAAGUUGCAGUUGUCAAAGCAAUGGUUCAGGCAUUCUAAAAUGUGUGACAGUGCUUUACUGCUGUAUCCUUCUUGGAAGGAAUCCUGCAAACAGAAAGUGCCUGUGAGCUUCAUCACUGUUAGCCAGUAAUCAACUUGACAAGUUAUUUUCAGAAUUAAUUGCUAAAUACCAUUCUGACUCAGCAGUCACUGAGCUCUUCCAACUUGUGGUCCACAGUGAUUUUUGGCAGGGUUAUUGUUAAGUCAUUCCUAGUGAAAAGGAUUCAUGAUGCCCCUGAAACAGGGGUGGGUCAGUGUGCAGGUGAGGAGCCAGGAUUUUCAUCACAAACAUUGUGCUGAUGAGAACAGAACAACUUCAGUUACUUUCUAGUAAUUGGAGUUGUAGAAGUCUCCCUUUGCUUUCCAGUAAGCUCUACAGAACUUAAUAUCCUUAUUUGGAUAUCAUAUUUUUUCUAAUGUUUUGUAAUUUUGUAUAUUUGCAAUAAAUAUUGUUAUAGAAUAACAGGGAUGUUUCAUUCAUCACAGAAUCUCUAUGUUUGUGACUAUUUCUCCAAAGACUUCUGGGAAUAGAAUUUAAGUCUUGAAGAUUUAAUCCUUAUGCUUUCUUUUUAUAUUUUUUUAAGUUUAAAAUAUAUUUUUGUAAAGUACUUUAAUUGUAAAUAGGUUUGAUCAGUAUUACAGACCAAAUAUUAAAAAUAAUUUUUUUUUUUUUUGAAAAUAAAAUAUUUUACUGUGGUAA